AUGACCGAUUACUCUACCGAACCUGUUACAAAGGGAAUAUCAAAGCUCCAUAUAAAAGGGGAGGACGGAACUCCUCAAGAGGCCAAGGCCGAGAUUUCUAAGUUGGCGGGACUAUCUGUAGACUCCGACUAUGUAAGAAACUAUUCUAAGUUCGAUGCCGUCGAAGGUACGCAGGACAAAAGAUGGGCUGAACAUGCCAAGUUCAUUGCUCCUUUCAAAGAGCAACGUGAUGAAAUUCGUCGGUUGGAGAAAGACGAACCUUUGUUGAAGGAGAACAAACAUAGAUUUGUUAUGUUUCCUAUUCAAUAUGAGGAUAUCUGGCAGAUGUAUAAGAAGGCUGAGGCCUCCUUCUGGACUGCCGAAGAGAUUGAUUUGUCAAAGGAUAUGAUCGAUUGGAAUAACAAGAUGAAUGCCAACGAGAGAUACUUCAUUUCUCGAGUGUUGGCUUUCUUUGCUGCCUCUGAUGGUAUCGUGGAUGAGAAUUUGAUUCAAAACUUCACUCAAAACGUUCAGUUGCCAGAGGCCAGAGCCUUCUACGGCUUUCAGAUUAUGGUGGAGAACAUCCACUCGGAAACCUACUCUCUUUUGUUGGAGACUUAUGUGACUGACAAGAAGGAAUCUGACUACCUUUUCAAUGCUAUCGAAACUAUUCCCCCUAUUAAAGAAAAAGCCUUAUGGGCCCUUAGAUGGAUCAACAAUAAGGAUGCUUUAUACGCUGAGAGAUUGGUGGCAUUCGCUGCCAUUGAAGGCGUUUUCUUUUCAGGCUCUUUUGCCUCCAUCUUCUGGUUGAAGAAGAAAGGUUUGAUGCCUGGUCUCACUUUCUCCAACGAACUUAUUUGCAGAGACGAAGGUUUACAUACCGACUUUGCUUGUCUUUUAUUUUCACAUUUGAAGCAUCCUCCAAGCACUAAGAUCAUCACCAGAAUCAUGACCGAGGCUGUCGAUAUUGAGAAGACCUUCUGGAGAGAUGCAUUGCCAGUUUCCCUUUUGGGAAUGAAUUGCGAUAUGAUGUGCCAGUAUGUCGAAUUCUGUGCAGAUAGAUUGUUGAUUGCUUUGGGAAGCGAGAAGAUUUUCAACUCUCAGAACCCAUUCGAUUUCAUGGAGAACAUUUCCUUGGCUGGUAAGACCAACUUCUUCGAGAAGAGAGUUUCCGACUACCAGAAGGCAGGUGUUAUGUCUAAGGAACUUAAUGGAAAUAACGAUAUCUCCUUUACUGAUGAUUUCUGA